GGGCCAACUUUAUUUCGACCUCCACACAUCUGGGACGCGUUCGUGUCUAACAAGGUUCAAUCGUUCUGAAAGUGAUUUUCUCCGUCCUAGUUCAUUCUCCAUGGCCUGAUAGAAAACGUGUCGCCUUGCCCUGUCUCCGGACACAUAGUCAGCCAUGCCUCGUCUAGGCCCCGUGACUCGGGAACCACGGCGCCCGACUAGACCGCCUACCCAGAAGACUCCUGUGUUCAGUGCGGCCAAGUUAGAGAAAGAGAAGAAGGUUAAGAAUAUUCUCGAUUUUGCCAGUGACCUUCGAAUGCGACUAUCCGAAGACCUGGUCUCAAAUUUGCGAACAAAGGAUGGGGCACUUCUAGAUCUUGUAUCUGACCUCAAACGCUAUAUUAAGCCACUUCCACUUUCCACGACUUCAGCAGCAUCCAAGAAAGCCGAGUUUGAUAUCCUCGGCACGGAUCUAUGGAAUCUAGCAACGCAACUCAAACGGAGCUGGGAUGGCUGGAAUUAUGAAGCCUCGAAAGACGACACCACGGUUGAUGGUAGUCGAUCCAAUCCAAUAUUUGAGGCUCUAACGUGCCAUAUUCGAGUCUUCUCAUUCCUAUUGAUCGACACCGGAUGCAUGCCGCAAGUUGAGAAGGAACUCAACGAUCCUAGCCGUUUCCUCAGACUUGUGGGGAUUUCUAUCAAAUCUGGCAGGACCUGCUUAUUAUGCAGUGAGCUUGAACUAGCCCUUGUUUCCCUCGAACGCGCAGCUGCCUGCUUGCAAGUGCUACAUGAUGUGGAGAAAGUAUCUGGGGGAAGUAGUAGCAGGGAAAAUCUUGACCCAGAGGAUAAGCUAUUGCUAGGAAGAUACUCGGCAGAGUAUUAUGGCCUGAGAAUCAUGUUGGCAUGGAGGCAAGAUCGACUGGACAUCGCGGAGCAUAUGUACGCUGAGCUCCAACAGUCGACCGAAUCCCCCGCUGCAUCACUUACUCCACCAUCUGCGGAAGCCCUUGCGGACAUGUUCCACACGAUUGGUCGAUCCCUACUUCAUAACCGCACGUUCUCCCCAGCAAUCGAAUGGCUGACACGCGCGCGAGAUACACUACUGUCGCAACCCGUUGAACGCCUCUCAAUAACUGCUAGCGAGCUAAAGCUAGCAGUUCUACAUGAUUUGGUCAAAGCAUUUCUAGCGGAAUGCUCCGCAGACUCGAAGGACAAGGCGGAGAAUACACUUGCAAUGAUUGAGAGGGAGCAUGGAGGGAAGCUGGCAUGGAUGCUUCUAAAGCUUGACAUGCUUAAGUUGCAGGAAGGGAGAGAUAUCGCCGACCGAUACUAUGAGGUCCUUCUGAGGAUUAUCGAGAGCGUAAUCCUCACAGAAAACAUAUUCAGAAUGAUCAUCCAUCGAUGGCACGAAUUGAAGACUUUAAGCCCAAUCCUUGCUCAAAGAGCACUGGAUGACUUGCUGGACUUGCGCCUUUAUGCUACAGACAACACGGAUAGAAUUGAGCGAAUUGUAGUCAUGCGGGUAUGGGUCUCAAUGAGUUCUCCUGAAGUCAACGAAUCAGUGACAGCUUUUCACACCUUCCUUGAGUCUGUCCUUCGAAACGUGAAGGGACCGUUUAGUGCUCAAGCGGCACAUGCUGCACAGAUGUUGAUAUGGAAGAAAAUCGAGAGUUGCUUCAGUGGAGGUGCCUAUCGAGAAUGCAAAGAUUGGUGUCAAAGCGCAGGCCACCACCUCUUCAGUCAGACCGGAGACUUGAAUAGAUCCACAGUCCUACGGAAACUCAUGAUAUGCGAAAUCAAAUGCAAGCAAUUCAAAGAAGCGAAGGAUGUCUACCAAGCGAUGCCCCAGUCCGGUCGCGAUGCUCUGACCACGCAGUAUCUGCUAUAUAAGAUUGCAAUUCAGGAAGGAAAUUCGGAGAUUGCUGCCGAGUGCCUUGACAAGAUUUGUCGCCAGUCUCAUAAGGACAAGACCUUGCUCUUCGCAUGUGUGGCUGAUGCCCAAGAGACGGGAGAGAAAAGUCAGGCAAUCCAUGCCUUGCACAAGGUAUUGGAGAAGUAUGACUACAAGAGCCCAGGCGGCGUCCAUCUACCUGCACUUCUUAGGUGUACCAUACGACUGAUCUCAGGGGAGAUCUUCGAUGAUCUCAAGAAGAAUAGCAUUCUACUUGAAGAUCUAUGCUAUACUUAUGAGUCUGCAUUCUCGCAUGUCGAGAAGCAACGCAAGUCAGCCGGCGAUGAUAAGGCUGGAACUUUCACACUUGAUGAACUUGAAUGGUUCGCAAAGAGCUCGUACAAUGCCGCUGUGAAGCUCUGUAGUCACAUUGAUCCCAACUUCCUAUCCCGGCUUCUGGACUCGUGCGUUGAAUUCAUAGAUGGCCACAUCAAAGCUUCCAAUUCAGUCAAAUCGGACUUCGGGGUUCGAAAGCUCCAUGCUACGUACCUUGCCGCAUCCGCACAUCUAGUUUUGGCGCGAGGAGAAGACGACAUCGAACUGAGCAAGAAACAUUACCUUUCGGUGCGGGAUUACUCCUCAUCAUAUUACCAAUUAUUUGCAGCGGACACGGAGCCCCUCAAUAUUUCCGCCGAGAUGCAGAAAGACCUCAUAUUCAAGCAAUUCCACCUCCUGAAAUUCUCCCUGGAGGCUUGUCUUUAUCUCUCGGACUGGACGACAAUCGACACCCUAUUCAGUCUUGCCCUCAAACUCCCGCAAUCUCGACAGACCGGCCAGGAUGAUUGGACCGCGCAGUGGCAAACCUUAGGUGACCUAACCCUUCACCUCCAGGCCCAAGCUGCGAAUCAAGGUGUUGAUAUCACCACGCGAACCAAGUUCCUCAAGUACCUCCAGGCCAUUAUGAACCGCCUCCGACAAUCACCUAGUAGCGUUACCGCUCGACAGCACAUCGCACGAUGGCUGCGAUGCAUGUUCCAAGCCGCUCAAUCAAUCGACCAGGAGAUGGCUGUGAAGGUGCUGGAGCAAGCGGGGGUUCUUGCGCGAGAGUGGAGUGUCGCGAAGGGAGACAGCGAGGGCCGGAUGGAAGGUAAGGAAAGAGACAAGCCAGUUUUUCCGCAGGAAGAGAUGGAGUGGCUCGUCGCUACGUCGUUUAAUUGGGCGGUGGAUGCGUACUGCGGUGGCGACAAUGGGGCGUGCCAGAAGUGGGGUGAGGCGGCGUUAGGGUUGGCGGAUGCUUUGGCGAGUAGUGGUGAAGGCGGAAAGAGAUUGCUAAAGGAGGUGCAGGAGAGGUAUAAGAAGCUGAGGUGGACGCAGGAGGAUGAGAUGGUGGAGUAGGCGGGACUCCAGGAACGGCAACAAUCGGGGUAUCACGGCUGAGUCGGAGAGGGAUGUUGAAGAUUGUUGAUUUCGUUAUGGUUCGUCCUGGUCAGUCAAGACUGUAGAAUUACGAGGAGAGAUGUAGCACUUGCUUGUCCGACCCAUGAUUAGCGCC